AUGAUUGAAUCGAAUUAUACUAUGAUCAGCAAUUGUCAUUGUCCCUCAUCCGCAGCCAUCCUCAAUUAUCUUUUGAUAUCUCUUGGGGAUUAUUUCAGCGAGAAACUCGUCUUGAUCGCUUGUGCACAGAUAGCAUCUCUCCUUUGGAUCUGUUGGAUAUACAAAGUGAAACUCAACCAAUACACAUGGAGAUGGAGACAUCAAAGAUAUCGGACUCUCGUCGACCUGACCGACAUCCUAUUCUACAUCGUUGCUAUAACCGUAGCCAUCCUCCAAUUCCGACUGAUCUAUAUCCUAUAUCAGUACGACAACACACGAUAUAUUCCUAUACAGCUCGUCUCUCUUGGGGUGUUGCGAUAUACCCUAAAUCAGUCCAGCAGACAUCUAGAGGAUAUUUACCUACAUAAUCUUAUAGGAGAGACUUUCACAAUUGAUCCUAAUCGACACCAACAGCGACAGAGAGUUGGAUCCGAUUCUACUACAGGUUCAGGUUCGUCAACCUCGUUAAGGUCAAUUGUCGAAUCGACUUCCACCUCAAUCUCAUGUUCUCCUAAUGAUUCGGCUUCAACCUCACCUUCAUCCUCUAUCAGUGAGCUUCCCAAAUCAGUGGAAGAAGAGUACGAUAACUCCAGACCUCCUUCUCAAAACAUGGCUAGACUCCGAGAAAUCGCCAAGAGGGAGAACAACUCUUUGUGGUGGGUGAUAUUUAGGGAAGAAAGGGACUGGGUAAGGAUGAGGAUGAAUAAUAAUCAAAGUAUAUUCUUCCCUCAACGAGAACGAGCACGAGAAAGAGCAGCCAGAGGUCAAGAGCGAGAUCGAGAUUCAAGGAAUAAAUAG